AUGCCCAAGGAACCUGACAAUAACAAUGAUCACAAAAGCCUCAAGACAGAGACAGAUUCUCUAUCUGGAAACCAAGGUGGAGUAGCUUCUUCAACAGUAGCUGAACUUCAUUAUGAGAUUGUUCCAAGCUAUGAAUCUGCAAUUUCGACAAGACCAACUGCUGAGGUGCUUGCAGAGCUGAUGGAGAUGUCGCUUGGUGGACAACCUCGGCCAGGAGGCACCACUGCUCAGGGCAACCAGGGUCACGUUAACCCUGAGGCCAAAAGAUGCUCACCCGACUAUUCGAAGGCCUUCGACUGGUACCGCAAGGCAGCCGAGCAAGGAAAUGCUGCAGCUCAACGCAAUAUGGGCUGUAUGUAUUACCAUGGCGUAGGAGCACGGCAGAGCUAUCCGGAUGCUAUAUUCUGGUUUACCAAGGCAGCCGACCAAGGAAACGCUGAUGCUCAGAGCAUUCUAGGCUACAUGUACUAUCAUAAGAAAGGAUUUGUAUGGAGAACCUCUUAUAGAGGCUGCUGGGAGCUCGUAGUAAAAAGUCAAUUUAUGACAAUUGGAAGCCCUCCUGAUGAAGAAAAGACGAUAGAGCGCUACCAGGAUGCCCACGAAUGGUAUCUCAAAGCAGCCGCCCAGGGAAACACCUUCGCUCAGAAUAACAUAGGCUACAUGUACUCUCAUGGUAAAGGGACCUCACAAAAUUAUUUGAAAGCUAUCGAAUGGUACCUUAAGGCAGCCAACAAAGGAGAUACUACCGCUCAGAGCAACUUAGGUUUCAUGUAUCUUGAGGGCAAAGGGGUUUCAAGAGAUUACUUGAAAGCCAUCGAGUGGUUUCUCAAGGCAGCCAACCAAGGAAAUGCUGGUGCUCAGACUAACUUAGGCUAUAUGCACGAACAUGGUAAAGGGACUUCACGGGACUAUUCAAGAGCUAUUGAGUGGUAUCUCAAGGCAGCCAACCAAGGGAAUGCCGUUGCUCAGACUAAUCUAGGCAGCAUGUACUAUCAUGGCAAAGGAGUUUCGCAGAACUAUUCGAAAGCUUUUGAUUGGUACCUUAAAGCGGCUAACCAAGGGUAUUCUGAUGCUCAGCUAGCAGUUGGCUCUAUGUACCAAUAUGGGCAGGGUAUCCCCGAAGAGCAUGAAAAAGCAAAGCAAUGA